AUGAUUGAAGAAUCCUGGGAUGAUGAUGAGGGUACAGCUAAACCAUUCGAACAGCAACCGGCAACAUCAAAAUUAGGUAUCGGACGUGGAAAAGCAACAUUUUCAGUGAACAAUGCUGAACCAGCACCUGUAACGAAAUGGAAUGGCGGCGGUGCGAGUACUUCAGGAAGCUUUAAUACAUUUCGUAGUACUAAUAAUGAAAAUAGUAAUCCCAGUAGUGGUGGAGCUUUUGGAUUUCGCAAUAAUAGUAAUAGUUUUGGUUCUCGUAAUGAACAAGGUUCAUUCGGCGGUGCUGAUAGCAGUGCAUUCCGAUCCGGCAAUGACGGAGGUUCUCGUGCAUGUUACAAUUGUAAACAAAGUGGCCACAUGAGUCGAGAAUGUCCCGAACAACGUAAGGAUUUUCAAGGAGGCCGUGGUGCUCGAAGCGGCGGCUUCCUACCAAGUACUGGAAAUGAGCACAGUGGUUUUCGUUCAUCAGCAAACAGUUCGAAUACAUUCCAAGCUAUGCGAAAUCAAAAUGAUAACGAUGAAGCAAAGCCGACUUUUACGGGAUGGCGAGGAGGUGCAGGAAGUGCCAAUAACAAUGAUUCAGACGAGACAAACAAACGUUCAGCAUUUGGCAGUUCAGCAGCCCGAGGUGGUUUCACCAGCAGUGGUGCUGGAUUUCGAGGUAGUCGAGGCGGUGGUGGCGGAGCAUUCAAUUCAGGAGAUCGAGAAAAUCGCACCGGUGGUAGUGGCUUUGGUGGUGGCAAUAACAAUUGUUUUAAUUGUAAUCAACCAGGUCAUCAAUCUCGUGACUGUCUAGAACCGAAAAAGCCUCGUGAAGGUGGUGGUUUCUUUGGUGGUGGAAGAAGAAACGACAAAGUAUCUGAUGAUAUCUUCGAUCAACCGGGUGCUCGCGGUGGCGCACAGCCUGUGGAACGAUACAUUCCACCACCUGCACCGACAACCGAAGCUGAUAUAUUCGGCGAAGCCGUAUCUAAAGGUGAAAACUUCGGAAAAUAUCAUCGCACCCAAGCACGUUGUACGCCCGAAGGCAAAGUAAAACCAAUUGAAUUAUAUGAAGAAGCCAAUCUUGACACACAAGUUCUAUCAAAUAUUCGUCGGGCGCAUUUUGAAGAGCCAACACCAAUUCAACGGUAUGCUUUACCAUGUAUUCAACAACGACAUGAUCUAAUGGCUUGUGCUCAAACUGGUUCUGGUAAAACGGCUGCUUUCCUCUUGCCAAUUAUUUCCAAUUUAUUACAAUAUCAUGCUGAUGAUUUAUCUGCAAAGUGCGAACCACCCUCACCUCUUUGUCUGGUUGUUUCACCAACACGUGAACUUGCUCUACAAACUGAACGCGAAGCACGAAAGUUUGCUUACCAAACACCAGUCAUUCCAUGUUCGGCUGUCGGUGGUCAUGAUACGUUCGCAGUUUCCGAUCGACUUCGAGAAGGCUGUCACAUUCUCUCAGCAACCACUGGCCGUUUGAAAGACAUGGUUGAAAAAGGCCGCAUUUCAUUGAAAAAAGUAAAAUAUUUUGUUCUUGACGAAGCUGAUCGAAUGUUAGAUACUGGUUUCGAACCCGACAUUCGCAAAUUGGAAGCUCUUGGUUUACCACGGAAGGAAGAACGUUUAACAUGUAUGUUUUCGGCAACAUUUCCCGAUGAAGUUCAACGGCUCGCUAAACAUUUCCUACGUGAAAAUUACGUUUUUCUUGCUGUCGGUAUUCUCGGUGGUGCUAAUGAAGAUAUUGCUCAAACAAUCGAACUUGUUCCACAAGCCAAUAAAAAGGACCGACUUUUUCAAUUACUCGAAGAGAAUCUCAAAUCUGAACGUUGCUUAAUCUUCGUUGAGACCAAACGAUCAGCUGAUUAUAUUGGUGCAUUGCUUUCACAACGUAAUUUUAUGAGUACAACAAUGCAUGGCGAUCGUACACAACGGCAACGUUACGAAGCCGUACAACAGUUUACAAAUGGUAAAUGUCCAAUUCUAGUUGCAACAUCAGUGGCUGCUCGUGGUCUCGAUUUUCCUCUGAUUGGUUAUGUUGUGAAUUAUGAUCUCCCAGAUAGUAGUGAUUUUUAUAUCCAUCGAAUUGGUCGUACUGGUCGUGCCGGUCACUUGGGUAAAUCAAUUUCAUUCUUUGAUCCAGAUCGUGAAUCAGAUCGCAAUAUUGCACCGGAACUUGUUCUAAAAUUAGGCGAAGCUGGCCAAGAAGUACCUGAAUUUCUCAAACAAUAUGUCAACGGUGGCGGUGGUGGAUUCGCUCGAAAUGGUUUUAAUGGACGAAAUACUGAUAUGCGUGCUGAUACAUUUAUUCAUAGUCAAACAUCUGGUCCAGCUGGUGGAUCAGCGUCAGCCGGUGGUGCAGAAGAUUGGGAUUAA